AUGGUCACAAAACUAGCUAAAUCUUUUGGGAUAUUUGAAGAGCCCGGGGCUAUGUUUCUUACAAGGACAGAGAGCCGCCCGUUGCAUCCACGUUUACUCAAGACAGCUUGUAUAGUGACGGACAUGGUAAACGAAACCUAUUUGGUGCCGGUGGAUGGCGCGGUUAAGGUUCCAGUAGGUGUUCCGAUUUAUGAUGAUGACAUUGGCCGAAGCAUGAAAAAUUUAGGGUUGUCUGUUGAAGCAAUGAUGCACUACCUUUCAAUAGCACCCCCGGCUGGAGAACCAGCCCGCUACACAUACAUACCUUCUUGGGAGGAGCGAUGGGUCCAGAAUGCAGGUGGUGCGGGAACUAGUGGAACGAGCGAUGGAGAUGACGAGGAUGAGGAGUGA